GCCGCCGCCGGCGCCCCCAUCGGGCCCGGGCCCUACUACCGGCCGGUGCUCGGGCUUCCCCUUGCCGGCUCCGCGCUUUCCCCAGGAGGCCUCUUCGCGUCCCGGCCCUAGCCUCCGGAGGCUUCCGGGCUCGGGAGCCGGACAGGCCCGGCCCACGGUCCCCGCACCCCGCUCGGUCCCGCCCCCAGGGCCGGGGAAGGCGCUGCGGGGCGGCCGGGCCCGUCGCCCAGCGACCUUGGGGCAACAACCCUCGCGUGACGGACGCUUUCUGUCUCUGUUGGUUUUCUGCCCCUCCACUGAGGUCUUCUGGAAUUGAGGAAAAAGGGACCGAGACAGUGGCUUGCCCAAGCUCAUUCAAGAAUGGAAGAACGGAGCCAAACAGAGAGGACAGAAGCUUGUCCAAGAGUGUGACACCAGUCCCGCCUGUCCCCCAUGGCCCCGUGGAGCCGAGAGGCGGUGCUGAGUCUUUACCGGGCUCUGCUGCGCCAGGGACGAGAGCUUCGCUACACUGAUCGAGACUUCUACUUUGCCUCGAUCCGCCGUGAGUUUCGGAAAAAUCAGAGGCUAGAGGAUCCUGAGGCCCGGGAGAAGCAGCUGGAGAAGGGACUAGUCUUCCUCCACAGCAAACUAGGGGGGCUGGUUUAGGAUCUUUGCCUUUACUUUUGUGCCCUGACUGCCAGAAAAGAGGACAAAGGUGCCUUCUGUGGACACUCCUGCUCUUUCACCCCCACCUCCCAGAUGCAUUAAGGGGCCUCAGGUGAGCGAUGGCAGGCGCCGGUGAGCGCAAAGGCAAGAAAGAUGACAAUGGCAUUGGCACGGCCAUUGAUUUUGUGCUCUCCAAUGCCCGGCUGGUGCUGGGGGUGGGUGGAGCGGCUAUGCUGGGCAUUGCCACGCUGGCCGUUAAGCGGAUGUACGAUCGGGCAAUCAGUGCCCCUACGAGCCCUACUCGCCUGAGCCACUCGGGGAAAAGGAGCUGGGAAGAACCGAACUGGAUGGGCUCCCCGCGACUGCUGAGCAGGGACAUGAAGACAGGCCUGAGCCGGUCCCUGCAGACCCUCCCCACAGACUCCUCAGCCUUUGACACAGACACAUUCUGCCCGCCCCGGCCCAAGCCAUUGGCCAGGAAAGGCCAGGUAGACUUGAAGAAGUCACGACUCCGCAUGUCCCUGCAGGAGAAACUCCUUACUUACUACCGGAGCCGGGCAGCCAUCCCUGCCGGAGAGCAGGCUCGGGCCAAGCAAGCUGCCGUGGACAUAUGCGCUGAGCUCCGGAGCUUCCUGCGUGCCAAGCUGCCUGACAUGCCUCUUCGGGACAUGUACUUGAGUGGCAGCCUCUAUGAUGACCUACAGGUGGUGACAGCUGACCAUAUCCAGCUCAUUGUUCCCCUUGUGCUGGAGCAGAACCUGUGGUCUUGCAUCCCUGGUGAGGACACAAUCAUGAACAUCCCUGGCUUCUUCUUGGUUCGUCGUGAGAACCCAGAGUACUUUCCUCGUGGCAGCAGUUACUGGGACCGCUGUGUAGUAGGGGGCUACCUGUCCCCAAAGACAGUGGCAGAUACGUUUGAGAAGGUAGUGGCUGGCUCCAUCAAUUGGCCUGCCAUAGGUUCCCUCUUGGACUAUGUGAUCCGACCAGCACCGCCCCCAGAGGCCCUGACACUGGAAGUGCAGUAUGAGCGGGACAAACAUCUUGUGAUUGACUUCCUGCCCUCGGUGACCCUUGGUGACACUGUCUUGGUGGCCAGACCACACCGGCUAGCCCAGUAUGACAACCUGUGGCGGCUCAGCCUGCGUCCAGCUGAGACGGCACGCCUGCGGGCUUUGGACCAGGCUGACUCUGGCUGCCGAUCUCUGUGCCUCAAGAUUCUCAAGGCCAUAUGCAAGUCCACCCCAGCUCUGGGCCACCUCACUGCCAGCCAGCUAACCAAUGUCAUCCUCCACUUGGCCCAGGAGGAGACCGACUGGUCCCCAGACAUGCUGGCCGAUCGUUUCCUGCAGGCCCUGAGGGGACUUAUCCGCUACUUAGAGGCUGGAGUCCUGCCUAGUGCCCUGAACCCCAAGGUGAACUUAUUUGCAGAGCUCACCCCCGAGGAAAUCGACGAGCUGGGAUACACACUCUAUUGCUCCUUGUCUGAGCCAGAGGUGCUGCUGCAGACCUAAGGCAGGUGAAGGCCAAAGCAGCUGUCAGGUGGUCAGGGCCUGGAUUCUCCGUUAGCAACACGCGACUAUUUAGUUGGUGCCUCACAGGGUCCCUAGGUGCCUCCUGGUUCUUUCUGGUCAUCGUCUUGGUUAUGUCAUGCUGAUUAGAAUGACAUCUCUUUGAUCUCUUAUUUUCUUACCCAGCCCUGUCUAUUUUUGUUACCAGACACUGUGCUUCCUACUCCCUCCUUGGUCUGAGCUGAUUUUUUUCUGGAAUGAAUUGAGAAGGUAGAGUGGUGGCCUGGAGCUGUGGAGACCACUUGAUGUUUUGCAUUCUGUCCCAUCUGUCCUGCUUUGUCUGCCCUGCCCUUUUAUCCCUUCCUGUUCAGUGUCUUUUUUUCUCUCUUCUGUUUCAUGCCUUCUGGUUUGCUUUUGUCCCUGGAGCAUAACUGCCUAAUCAAGCUGUUGCCUUUUAGUUAAAUACCAGAAGAGCUGUGAUUCCAGGUUUGCAAGCUCAGCUCUGUGGAGUGAGCAGUGAGACAGUAUUUAGGGUUUCUGGGGAUGAGGCUGGUGGAAGAGCUGGUCUUUGAUCCUGGUUUCUAGCAAACAGGCCCAUCCCUCGACCCCUUCAACCAACUGUUCAUAAAUGCCAAUAGCAUUUCUCCUGGGGCCACCUGUUCCUGACUCGUGCAGGAUCAACAGGAUGCAGUUACUUGGCAUUUUUAUUUACUAGUGGCCAUCAAUGCAUGGGGGGCCCGGAGCUGGUUCCUAGGGCCUGCAUCUCAUCUGGCUGCCAGUAAGAUAAGGAAUGGCGGCGGCUGGGGCCCCAUCUCCUGGGGGUGCUUGUUUCAUUCCUUUCCUUUUCUAGUGCCAGUCGGACAAGGCCUGGCAAGAACCCAGGCUUAGCAGUAGAGGCUGAAUGAGGUGGGCAGCAAGCUGAGUGUCACCUCAGUCACCACUGGGGCCCAGUGAACAUGUUUUGUCCUGAAAGACCUUGCCUACGAUGUUGCCUUACAGUGAGCAUAGGCCCAUCAGGAAAGGGUGAUGCCGAGCAUUCCUGGUACCUGCAGAGGCCAAAGGGCAGGUGACCGUGCACAGCCCUUGUCCUCCCCCGUCCAGUCUCUCACCUGGCACCUGGAGUGAUUGGUGCUACCCAGGAGGAGAGCACAGCUAAAUCACAGGAGAAGGAGGUGGGUGCUCCUCACGUUCCUUCUUGGUUCCUGCUGCUAAAAACUGCACUAUUUAUGGCAAUGUAAAUGUAUCCUGAGGGUGGGAAGGACUGUUUCAAUACACCAUGUCCAUGUGUCUGUUUA